CAUCGGGGACCUCGCGGCGUAGCAGGAAAGUGAUAACAAUCUGCGAAUCGCCAGGUGUGGUAGGCUCGUAGGGAUGGUUGUGGACAUUAUAAACCGCGAGUCAAUCCAAUGCGCAUCAGUUUCUGUCCUGCAGUCCCACGCGGCGCUCGCGGAGAGACCGAACAGCAUCGACCGAAAAUGACGUUCUGGUGCCUGGAAUGCAACGCAGAGGCCAACGCCGUGUGUGUAGAGACACAUGGCAUCAAAAAGAUGACCAUGGAGCAGCGGGCCAAGGCAUCGGUCGCGCCAAAGCCAGCAGGGCACGAGACACCACCCAAGUCACUACCAACGGGGGCCAAGGGAUGGUUUGGGUGGAGGUAGCUCUCCCAAGAGUACAGGCUUCCAGCAGGUUCUUGAAACUCCGCUUACAGAAGGACGCGCCCAAGAAUUGGCCCAUCAAUUGGCGUUUGGGCAAAUGUUUGCCAGCUUGGUGCCGACCCUCACACCAACCUUAGCGGCUCGUCGCACUAUGAUCCAGCGGGGUAUGGCCGAGGGAAACGCCCAGGAGGGCCUUGGUGGCAUGGUGGGAGGCAUGGGCGGCAUGGGUGGCAUGAUGGGAGGCAUGGGUGGCAUGGGCGACAUGGGUGGUAUGGGUGGUAUGGGUGGCAUGGGUGGUAUGGGCGGCAUGGGUGGCACGAUGGGCCGCGGCCGCUUCAUGUAACACUUUUUCGGAUUGCUGCCCAAAACACGACGAUGCUCCCAUUUUCAUGUCACUGGGACAAUGUGAGGUCAAAAUUUCGUCAAAAACUAAUCUAUUGGGUACUAUGAACUUAUUUCUUAACACAGACUGCGAUUUGAUAAUUUUAUGAUGGAUUGUCAUUUCCUGGAUUGUAUACUCACUGGAGCAUCAUUGGAAUUGUCACCUCAAGAGCUGUGGACCUAUUCAAAGAGCCCAGAGCCUUACCACGGCGGCGCAUGUACGUGGAAGACAUGUCAAUUUAAAAAAAAAAUGAAAUGUGACACUGUUGUUUGCCGUAGCACACUUACAAGGCAAUGUAUUUGUACACAUCAAAAUCUUCCCGAUCAGAAAAAAAUCUGAGAACAAAUUAAAUGUACUAAUAAAAGCUGCCUCACUUUUCCAAUCCACCAUCCUUUAUAUCCCAAUGAACUCGGCUUGAUCAGAAAACUACUGUGUGUUCUUCACAGGCCCGAGCACAAGCCUACGUGUGCUUGCCAACAGACAUUUAUCGGUCACGUACUGCGUACCUCUCUCAUGGCAAAAGAAGCACCUGGCAGUCCUUGGCCCACCCAGUAAAACGGGACCUCUUUUCCAGAAGCCGUCUGGGAGCAAAGGCACUUCUUUCGCAACAGUGUCACCCAUUCAUUAAGUUGGGGGUUCGUCCACAAAUAACGUAACGUCUCCUUUCCCUCUUGCACUCACGGGCAGUCCGUAAAGGGGCAUUGCAACAAGGACAGAGCCAAGCGUUACGUAAUUUGUGGACGGCCCUAUGAUUGAUAGCAUUUUCGGCAUUGGUCAAAAUAUCUCCAUAAGGCUCCCCAACUUUCAGAGGUGAGUUACAAAGACAGCUGCACCACAGAGAAGUUUUCACGCAUAGUAUUGAGAAUCUUCCGGCUGCACUCUAAAUGUCUUACAAAGAAAUUUCCCAUAUUACGAAGGAAAUGGCGCAAGUUUAAUACGAAGGUGGUUUUUCUUCGUAUUACGAAGGUUUUUCUUUGUAUAUUACAAUGAAAAAGCUAAAAAGAUUCGUAUUACGAAGGAAUAUUGCUUCGUAUCAUGCUUGCGCCGAAUUCACUGUAACAUGCGAAUAACAUAGAUCAAAUUUCAUUGUGAGACAUUAAGAGUGUGGCCGUACAUACCCCACGUCAGCAGCAGCGCACGGGGUAUCGUCCCUGCGAUGCAAGACCCGCUAUCAUCACGGCGAUAGCUGCAGUGUACUGAUAGCGCGCCAGGUAUUGGCACGUCUGCAGUCAACUCCCGACAUCAGCGGGUGUACCUUUUUUGCCGUUCAACGUCUUUAGGACUGGUGGCCCGGGGAGGAUGGCGGACUCGCUGGAACGGUCCCUCGAGUGCGAGGUGUGCUGCGAGCAGUUCGACCUGGCGACGCGGCGGCCGAAGCUCCUGUCCUGCGGCCACACGGUCUGCUUGACGUGCGUGGUGGGCAUCCGGGACAAGGCGCGGGACGCGCGCAGCGACGCCGAGACGGCCUUCCUCUGCCCCAUCGACCGGAAGGAAACGCGAUGCAAACCAGAGGAGCUCAACGACAACUACUACAUCAUGUCUUUGAUCCAGGAACUUCCUAAACCCGAAAAAGCGAGGGGCGCUGGUGGCGGAAGCAGUGCCAGGUUCUGGUGCCUGGACUGCAAGGCGGUGGCGGACCCCGUCUGCGAAGACAAACACGCCCUCCGCCGGCUGCACCAAGAGCGGGCCAAACAGAUGAAGCCCACCUUGGACCUGCUGGAGCGCGCCGUCAGCACGCAGCGCCGCCUGGCGGACAAGCUGAAGGCCGUGGAGGCCGGCGUCAGGGACUUCGCGAAGCUGCAAGUGGCCGAGACCGCGGCGGCGGCAGCGAGAGGGCAGGAGGUUCUGACGCGCCUGUACGACGGCCUGGAUCUCGUGGGGCCCGAGUGGGACCUCGUGGAGGCCGACGUGGAGAAGGCCCGCCAGGAGAGCGAGGCAAGGCUGGCCGCGGACGAGCUGACCCUGCAGCUGCUGGCGGAGGCCGGCACGUGGGAGGUGCGGGCGGCGGCGACGGGCGGCGGCCGCUGGACGGCCGACGUGGACCUCGGCGGCGACGGCGACGCCCUCGCCGUGGUGCGGGGCCUGCUGGUGCACUUGCAGCGCGCCGGCGUGCUGCGCCUCGACAAGGAAGAGCGGGUUCCCGAUGAGGAGGCAACGAGCAAGGCCCAGGAAGACGCCGUGCCGACACCCACGCCGCAACCGCGACAACAGCGGCAACCCCCGCAACCGGUGCAACCGCCACAACCACCGCAGCAGUUGCAACCGCCACAACCACCGCAACAGUUGCAACCGCCACAACCGCUGCAACCACCGCAGCAGUUGCAACCGCCACAACCACUGCAACCGCCGCUACAGCCGCGACCUCCACUACAGCUGCAACCGCCGCUACAACCACUACCGCCGUCUAUCCCAGCGCGCGCCGUGCCGCCGAGCGACAACUUUUUCAGUUCGGUGACGGACGCCCUGCAGACGCUCACUGGCGGAAAGCGGACAUGGACCCUGCAGGAGAUGAGCAAGCGAACCGCGCGGGAGCUGCGCGCCGAGAAGGACGUCGCCUUGCAGAGCGACCUCCCCGACGUCUCGCUGAGGGGGCUGCGCUGCGACUGCGACCCCGCGUGGACCUGCGCGCUGCUCCUCAAGCUGGGGCCGAGGCUGCAGGACCUGGGCCUGGAGGGCGUCCGCGAGGAGCACGUCACGGCGCUGCGGGGAAUGGCGAGCCUCCGGUCGCUGUCCCUCGAGUACCACGAGUCCACCGACCCGACCACGGGCAUGUUCGGCACCGUUCUCUCGCGAACGCUGCAGAAGCUGGAGUUGAACGUGCCCGUCCGCGACCUGGCGUACUGGCUUCGAAAGUGCCCGGCCGAGUCCGUGCGCAUCGCCCUGGCCGACACCGUGCAGUUCUCGCACCUCCAGCUGUGCCAAAUCCACGCGGCGGUGGCGGCCACGCCCGGCAACAUGAAGGACGUGACCCUGGUGCGCGAGGUGAGGCCAAACCAGAGAGCAGCGCACACGGUCCUGUGCGUCAAGCAGUGCCGCGCCUUCAGCAAGUGGAGCAGAGUCAGCUGCAGCUCAUGCCAGAAUCCGACUGCCAACUCGGACCCAGCUUCGUCUUUACUUGACGCUGCCAUCGGUCUGUUCCUUCACGCUUAAAACCUUAAUUUAACUAAUUUACUUUGUAAUACGAAUUAAGAAAUAGGUCGUAAAUUACGAAGUAUUUUCUUUGUGAGCUUUGUGUAUGGUCAAUACUUUGUUACAACAAGCUGCUUUUCUUUGUGAGGCCUGAAAUAGUUUGUAAGGUUUUCUCAGUGUUCUCAUGGCGGCCUCCGGUACCUUUGUUAUCAGGCGAUAGCCCGCCGCGCUGUGUGAUCGGUAGCCACCCCACUUUGUGUAUCCCUUUCGUCCUUAGCUAAAAUCAGUCAUCUCUAGGCCUACAUUUCAGUUACCUUGCCCGUAAGCUAACAUUAAAAUACAGGCUUUUCUGGCAAACCAAUCAAUAAUCCAUUCUGAAAUUGGUCCUAAACCAUUCUAAAGGGUGAUGAUUCGGACUGCGUUGAGAUCCGAGCAGAAUUGGUUACGAUCUUACUGACUGAACAAAUACAAGCGAUACAACGCAUGGCCAAAUAAAAACACAUCACUGUUUAAAAAUAGGAUGUAAUUUUCAUCAAAUUUGAGCAUGCAAACAAUAUUUGGUUAACACACCAUCUAAGGAAUUUUUCCAUAUCUUCGGGAUCAGUUACAAGUUGUGUUCUUCAACGGGCACUAAAACACCCAAAAUCACAAAAGACUCCUUCAAUCAAUGAUUCUACUCUAUAUGGGUGCUGAUGUGUUUUCUGAGAUAACUUUCAUCGCUAAAAUAUAUAUUGCACUUAGCGCACGAAAACCUUUCCUUCAUAUGAACUUGGGAAAGGUGCUUUAUAGACCACAUAUCACGAAUUUUUUUAUUGCAAACUGUGCAGUCUAAAGGCUUCGCCUCUGAGUGAAUUGUGUUACGAUGGCGAGUAAGGGCGCCCUUAUUAUUAAACCUUCGACGGCAAACCUUGCACUCAGACGGUUUCUCCCCUGUAUGAAUACGGAGGUGGUUAUUCAAAUUUCUUGCACUACUAACCCUUAUAUGGCAAACUGAACACUCAAAUAUAUUAUUCUCCCCUG